UCAUGUCAAUUUAACCUGUGCGCUGUCUCCACUGUGAACACUUUCCUUCAAAAUCUACAACAGUGCUAGUGAUUAUAAAGAUUCUUGUGUAGGGGAAAACAGAACUUCGCUUUUGAUAGGGAUGGCGUCGUGUGGAAAUAUGGUGGUGCAGGAGACAGAGGUGGUCUGUCGACCCAAUACAGAUCCAUUUGAUCUCAAUUUAGAAUGGCAGAUGCGUGCGGAGAAAGAGCUGAACGAAUGCCCAGAAACCGCCCGAAAGAAUGUCGUUCAACUUAGGCAAAAAUUAAAAGAGGAUCUAUCAAUGAACUCCAGAGUAGACGAUGUAUUUUGCAUGGCAUUUCUACGAGCAAGAAAACAUGACGUGGAUAAAGCCUAUAAAUUAAUUAAAAGUUACUAUGAAAUGAAGAGAAAGUAUCCAGAUUUCUAUCGAUACUGUUAUCCCUCGGAGAGAUCUUAUAUAUACGAUAUGUGUUUUCUCACUUUACUACCUGGCACAGACAAAUUAGGCAGGGUAGUGACAGUCGUCUGUAUCAGAAACACAGAUUUUUCUCAAAUUAGUCUAGAAGAUAUGUUUCAAGUCGGGACGAGUUCAUUUGAAGUGGCUUUGAUGGACCCUAAGCUUCAAAUUGCCGGCGGAGUUGCCAUUAUAGACAUGCAAGGAAUGAGCAUCUAUCAACAAGCAAAAUUAAUCACGCCCUCUGCUGCAUGGCAGAUAACAAAUUGUGUGCAGGAAAAAAUCCCCCUCAGAGUGAAAGCCAUUCACAUAGUUCACCAGCCCCUGUACUUUAGCGCACUGUAUUCUAUUUUUAAACCGUUUUUGAAAAGCAAACUGAGGAAGCGGAUCCAUCUGCACGGAUCGAACAUGGAGUCUCUUCACAAGCACAUUUCGCCGUCCGUCUUACCGAAAGAGUAUGGUGGCACCAAAGGACCCUUGAAUAGCAAGCCCCAUCUAAAUUUAAUCAAACAAUACGAACACAAGCUCCGAGAUUGGAGUCAGUUUGGUUACGAUAAGAAAAUUCCUCAAUCAUUUCAACGAUUUUCAUGCUCAAAUUUCGCCAAAAUGGAUUAUAAAUUUGCCAUCAUUGGUAAAACAUUUGAAGCCCGGAAAAAUUAUGUUCAUGCGCUGGUGGACGAGUCAGCUCUUUUGAGAGAGAAAUCUUGCAGUCAACUCCGAUCUCUUUUGUUAGAGGAAAAGAACCUACGAACAAGCACUGAUGACAUUUUUUUACUGAGAUUUCUGAGAGCGACGAAGUUCAACGUUUCAAAAGCUCACUCCAUGAUACUGAAAUAUUACGCAGUGAAACAGAGAAGCCCGGAGAUGUGCGUUCCUCCUAGGCCAUCAGAAGUUAUCCAUUUGCUGAGAAUGGGAAUGCAAAGUUUUCUCGAAGAUAGAACACGCGCAGGCUAUCGAGUUGGCAUUUUUAGAUUAGAUAAGGUAGAUUUCUCGCUCAUCGGUUUAGACGAAAUUUUCUUAACCAACGUGAUGUGCGCAGAGGCAGUCUCGCUGGAGCCGGAAACUCAAAAAACGGGUGUCGUCUGCAUAAUCGAUCUAAAUGAGUUUUCCUUGCAUCAACAUACUUGUUUAUUUUCUCCGCACUACUCGAGUCGUACUUUUGAACUUGUUCAGGGCGCCUUUCCACUUCGCUUCAAAGAAUUUCAUGUUAUUAACGAACCCUUCUACUUUGGCGCUUUCUACUCUCUCCUGAAACCUUUCCUGAAAGAAAAAAUUCGAAAACGGGUUUUCUUUCACGGUCAUAAUUUAAAAUCGCUGCACAAGUAUGUUGAUCCGAUGAUUUUACCGAAGGAAUACGGUGGUGUGAAAGAGGAAUUGGACGACACAGCUUGGCGAGAGAAACUACUCGAACUGGACGACUGGUUUGCUGAACUGAAAACUUACGGGUUUGACAAGUCUUAAUUAUCAAUGUGCUGACGCCUAUCCUCGAAGCUUUUCAUAUCGAUUUUCACUUGCCCAUUCAUUUUGUUUUCACGCCACGUGCCAUGGCAGGCGGCCAAAUCACCACAAAUAUCUGCGGUGGAAAGUCGUAAGCGGAUACGAAACUUUCCAGGAACAAGAGGAAACCACUAUGCAUGGUGUCUUUAGGCAAGAUGAAUGGUGAAGCUACCUUUGCGAAAAUGUUUUUAGGUUAACCUCCUAUGCAAUGCCCUAAUGCUGAUUUUACCCUGUUACGGGGGUGUGUAUGUGUUGUCUUAGUUCGGAAAAGAAUUAGUCAUUAAAUCAAAGACUAACACUA